AUGAUUAACAUAUAACCAAGGACAAGACAAGAAAGAGUACUUAACUUUAAUUCAUAAUUAGGAAGCGUUGCGAGAUAAAGAUAGAAUAGAGAAGAGCAGGAUCGAUUUGAGAGGUAAUUCAAACAUAUAAAAGUAAAACAGUUGGAUUUGAGGCUAGAGGAUUGGGAGUUGGAACAUUGAUCCAUCAAGCACCUCCCUAGUCUACUUUAUAUGUUCCAGGUAUGAAUAGACUAAUUCUAGAAAACGAGAGAUUUGAUAAAGAUUAUGCUGUAGCAGACAAAAAACAAAGAGAACACGAAGUUUGGCAAAGGGAAAAGAUCAUUGAAAGAAAGAGACUGGAGGGAUUGGAUAGAGAAACGAAAAAAUGGGAUUAUUAAGAAAAAGUGGAAACCAAAGAUUAAGUGAAACUAAUGAGUCACACUCAAUAAUUAACUCAAGGGAAAAGGAAUUAAAAUGGGUAAAUCAGGAAUUUAUUGUUUUGAUUAGACUCGCUUAUAAUCCAAUUACUUUAAAAUAUGAUAACAGUGAAUAAGGCAAUUUAUUGAGACAAUUUGAUGAGAAAGCCAAAGUGAGAUAAUUUGUAAGAGCCCAUAAUUUAGAUACAAGAGGGAAUACUGGUUUUAACAUUUUAACAGGUGAAUAAAGGGGAGGAGUAGAUUAAAUUGUACCUAAUCAUUUGCGAACCAAUUAUUAAUAGAGACUUAGAGAGGCAGAUGAAUAAUAAAACAUAAAACACUAUGCUAUUUAAUAAUAGUUAUUGAAUUAAUAUGAAUGAUUA